AUGGCCUCCGCAACUUCGUCCCCCUCCUGGAUGGACACAAAACGUGUCGAGGCAGUCGAGAAAGUCGUCCUCCAGCGCGCUAAAAUCUCACGCAUCACCCGCCAACUGCAAAACCGCCUCGCCUUCGCCUCCUACAAAACAAAGCGCGGCUGGGAGAAUCUCGACCUCGAUCAAAUCGAGCCUCGUAUCGCCCUCGAAGUCGAAGCCCGUCGUCGUCGCGCACGCUCGCUCUCCGAUCGCGGCUCAGUUCAUUCUUCUUCCUCGCCCUCGUCCUCAUACAACUCCCUCCCUUCCUCUUCCUCCGCCGCCACCACUGUCACCGCUGCAGCUGCCGCCCAGAAUGCGUACCCCAUGAGACCUCCCGGUUCAGCCGACAGCAACUCUAGCGACGCAAGCAGCUCAGCAGGUCCUGUCUACACCCUUCCUCCGCAGUCAUUCGUCCCGUCCUCCUUCUCGUCUCCCAUCAAACCCUCACCACAGCAACUCUUUCUCCCUGCCCCCAACCUCUCUCACCAGCAGCAGCAACAACAACAACAGCCGCCAGUCUAUCAACUCCCCGCCCUCCCUCGCCGCCACCACUCCAAAUCCGUCUCAGCCACGUCCACCUCUGCGCCCUACGGCUUGCCGAUCGAUCACAAACGCACGCGCACUCUCUCAAGCGACAAGCAAUUUGGGCCGGUCUCAAACUACACCGCCUGGCGUCCUGGAUCGCGGAGAAACGACGACGACGACGAAAUCGACGUCGAUCAUGAUCUGCUCGACGACGAGAACGAGCACGAUCUUUUCAUGUCUUCUACUGGCAGCCCCUCUUAUGCCGCUGGGCUUAGACUGAACCAGUCGUCGCCUUUGUACCCGGGUAAAGGCCGUGGAUCGCGAUUUGACGCUCCUCCGCCGUCUUCUAUCCACAAUCAGUCACCGCAGCACUACAGCAAUCUCCAUGAACCUCUGCAGCGGCAACAAAAGCAUCAGCAGCAGCGACAGCAGCCGCUGCAGCGAAUGGGAAACGGAAGUCCCUUGAAGAAGCACAGCCGGCAAUCAUCCGCGUCCACGGGCGUCACAAAGCAGCACCGGAGAAAUAAAAGCAGCGUUGCGUCUACGACAUCGACAAUGUCAAACAUGAGCUCGAACGAGAACCGCAAUAGCGCUCAAUUCACACAUUCCCCUGCUCCCUCUGCGCAAGGCAGCCACCAUACUUCUAAAUCUAAGGCCAAGGCCCAGCAGCAGCAGCAGGAGCAGCAGCAGAGGCACGCGAGUCCCCCGCGCACCCCUCCGCCGCGGAAAUUUGACCGACCGUUCAACGGCUACGCGUCCUCAGCGUCGUCCUCACGCACGGGCGAAGAAGGCGCAGAUUUGCUCAUGUACCUCGCUACAUCGCCUUCCCCCGCGCAGCGGUUCUCGUUCGCGAGUAACUUCGUCCCUGGCUCGAAUCAGCAGCAGCCUCCUAGCUCGAUUCUCUCCACACCCCCGCCGCAAAACCGGUCCGCCCCGUCGUGGACUCCAGUCCUCGGCAGCAACGGCAUGAGUAAUAACCACAACAACAGCAACAAUAACAGCAACAACAACGGCAACACAAGCGGCAGCAGCAACAACAGCAGUAACAACGGCCCACAAACACCCUCCCAGGGCUUCAACUUCUCGGACUACGUCAACAUCUUCACUCCUUCCCCCGCACAAGUGCAGUGGCAUGCUCGCACGCCCAUCAUCACGCCGGCGCGGAAACGUCUGAAUUUCGACCACCCGGAUGGAAUCGUCACGAUCCAGACUACAAGCAGUGCUGACCAUCCUGCUGCGAACGGCAAUUCAGCACGUAGCUCAUUCAAAGGCGGCAGCGGCGGCGGCAGUGUAAUGGAAGUCGGAGGAUCGCUGAUACCUUGA